CACAAUCAAUUCGCUCAGAUCUACGUCAGGGUCUGAGGGGGGUGUCAAGGGUGAACAACGAAUUCCAAAUCUAUUAUAUAAUGCAGUUACUAUCUAAUCCCGGGUUCUUUUACUGAAAGCAUCUCAAAUAGGGUAGUGAUCUCAAAUAAGGAGAUUCGUACAAGCUACUGCUACUGUUCUGUACAGUAUGAUCGGAGCACUGACAAUUGGUUGCCAGACUCUUAGAUGGUCAACCGAUUUCCCAGUGACGUGAAUGAAUAUUUGGGUGCUGCAGAAACAAAGUCUAAGGGCGAUCUGAGCUUUCAUAAUGAGUAUCAACUACCGAGUGGAUCGAAGUUAUGGUGCCUUGAGGGACGUGGAGGUCUCGUGGAACACCGUGGAUUGGUGCACACCUGAAACAAAUAAAGCUUGCUCAGCAGCAACACAUCUGAUUGUAGGUAUUCGACAACACAAUUCCCAGCGUCUGACACCAGUUGCGAGAAAUGCCAAGCGUUUGGUUCUAGAUCAGAAGCUUGGCCAGAGCGAGCAAUUUCUAAGAUGUUGAUCGAAUAACCGGUGGAAUCACUGAAAUCCGGAAACCGACAGUUAGACGAGGUUAAUGACUCGCGACUUGAGAAGAAUAUCUUCGGCAGAAAGGUUCAUGAGGCUAGGACCCGGGGCAUGGCCUUCAUCAUGAUCGAGGAUAAACGUCGCCGAGAGCAGACAAAAGAAAAGGGUUCCGAUGCGUGAACUUCGAGAUGGGGGACCGUGGAAAUGUAGUACGGAUUCGGACGAUGUUUAUCUUCUCAAUAAAGCUUGACAUGAAGCGAUCAAAGCCUGCAUGCUCAAGAUAAAGGGCCUGGUACUCAUCUUCCAGUGAAUUGGCCAUCGUGGUUUAAGACUCCGGCUCGCAACAAGCCCCUUUUGCAAUCAUUCCCAAAGGUUUCAUGGUUUAUAGUAGUUUUUCUGCGACUAUCCAGAUGAACUGCAAGUGACAACCGCAAAAUAAUCCCGUGAACUACAGUUUCUGUUUUCUUCGCCAUCGCUCCAUCCCCCUUCAAAUCCAGAAAAGUUUCAAGAGAGCAGCACUUGAGAGUGGCGCUUGAAUCGUCUAAGGAGAUACUUGAGUGGCCGGCAAGCACCGGGCUGUGUGGGACCUGGCGAAAAUUGGAAGUGGGACGGAAGUGAAGUAUGAAUUCAUACCAAUUUUUCUUCCCAUUGAUUUGUUGCUUCAUGGCCAGCACAUAUCUGAAAGGAAUCCAAGGUGCAGAUGUCUCGAACCGAGUGGAAUCUCUACCUGGCCAGCCGCCUGUGAAGUUCAAGCAGUAUGCAGGGUACAUCACAGUUAGCGAGAGCCACAAGAGAGCGUUCUUCUACUGGUUUGUGGAAGCUGAUCACGAGAAAGCUGCUUCUCAACCCCUGGCAUUCUGGUUUAACGGAGGACCUGGAUGUUCAUCUGUUGGAGUGGGAGCGCUGGAGGAACUAGGGCCUUUCUUCCCGAAUUACAACGGCACGGGACUAGUUCGUAAUAAGCAUUCAUGGAAUAAAUUGGCUAACAUGGUAUUCAUCGAGUCACCUGCAUCUGUGGGCUAUUCAUACUCCAACACAUCAUCUGACUAUUCCUAUUUCUCAGACAAUCUCACUGCUCAGGACAACUUGGCAUUCACCCUUGGAUGGUACGACAAGUUCCCCGAAUAUAAGAAGAAUGAGCUCUACUUGACUGGAGAGAGCUUCGCAGGGCACUAUGUGCCAGAGCUGGCGCAGCAAAUACUGAACUACAAUGAGAAAUCGACAGGCUUCAAAAUCAACCUCAAGGGAUUUGCGGUGGGUAAUCCUGCAACUGACGCCUAUUCUGACAACUUGGGAGCUACAGAUUUCUACCAUUCCCACAAUCUUAUCUCCGAUGAGACAUACCACAAACUGAAAGAAAAUUGCGACUUUGCAUUCGACCUUCCAGUUGACUAUUCUCUCCACAAUGCGACAUGUUUGAAUACUUCUAGUUAUGCCCUCGACGUGGUCAUGAGAGAGAUCAACAUUUACAACAUUUACGGUCCACAUUGUAACCCACCUGCCAAAUCAGGCCGUCCCCAAUUCGUAAAGAGAAUGGGCAUGGUUCAAUUGGCAGGAGUGAAUCCAUGUGCACCAGAUAAUGUAACACCAUACCUGAAUCUCCCUGAAGUAAAGGUUGCCUUACAUGCUAGAGAUGAUAUCAACUGGACGCAAUGCAGCCGAGUAGUUGGAGCAAACUACACCAUUCCGGACUACACCAGAUCUAUACUACCCCUCUACCGGGAGCUUCUAACUAAGGGCAUUCGGAUCUGGGUAUACAGCGGCGAUACGGACGGGGUGGUACCAACGACUGGGACUCGCUACUGGCUUAAGAAACUGAAUCUCCCUGUACAGACGGCUUGGUACCCUUGGAACUACUCCAGUCAGGUCGGAGGCUGGUCCCAGAUUUAUGAAAACUUGACAUUUGCUACCGUCAGGGAGGCAGGCCACGAAGUUCCUACUUACCAACCUGGUCGGGCGUUGAAACUAUUCAAGUGCUUCCUGAAGGGACAAUCAUUACCAAAAUUCAACUACAGAAAAUAAUCGUAGAUUGCAUAGCUGCUAAAAUGCAACUUCGCCCCAUACAUAAAUUUAAACCAUUACCAAUUGAAAGAUAGCUACCUCAUUGAACUAAUGAGUAAAAUGCUGACCACUCGAGACAAUAAAAGAAGGGCAGUGGGAGUGUUCGAUGUGCCGACCACCCCACGAUCAAUAUAUGGGUAUUGUCCAAUAAUGAUUUGACAAACAGUCAGAAAUUUCUCUGUAACACUCAACAGUCCCUUGAUGAUUAGAAAGGCUGAAUUAUAAAAGUUAAUUUCAAAAAGAUACGUUCAGUGA